AUGAACGAGCCAUUGUCAGUUGUGCAAGGAGGGUAUGGUUCAGGUAAAACAGCUCCAGGAAGAUGCUCUAAAUUCACAAACCCUAAUUGCAUCGCCGGAGAUGGAGCCACCGAGCCUUAUAUUGUCGGUCAUAACCUCAUCCUUUGUCAUGGAGCUGCCGUAGAAGUCUACAGAGAAAAAUACAAUGCAUCUCAAAAAGGUCAAGUUGGUAUUGCUUUGAACACGGCUUGGAAAUUGCCAUAUACCGAAGAAUCAGCGGAAGAUAAGUUAGCUGUGGCACGAGUCCUUGCUUUCUCAUUUGACUACUUUAUGGAGCCACUUGUGACCGGUCAAUACCCACUCGACAUGAUUAACAACGUAAAAGGUCGUUUGCCUACAUUCACUGAACAACAAUCUAAGAUGCUUAGGGGCUCAUAUGAUUUCAUUGGGAUCAAUUAUUACUCCUCCGCUUACGUAAUGGAUAUCCCCUGCUCCACCGAACAUGUUACAAUGUUCUCUGAUCCUUGUGCCAACACGACAGUUGUAAGAAAUGGAGUUCCCAUCGGUCCAAAGGCUGCAUCAGAUUGGCUUUCGAUAUAUCCAAAGGGAAUUCGUGAUCUUAUUCUUUAUACAAAAUAUAAGUUCAAAGACCCGGUCAUCUACAUAACCGAAAACGGGAGAGAUGAACUCCGUGAAGAUGUUUCUCCGGACGGAAAUAGAAUCGAUUAUUACACUCAACAUCUUGAGAUGGUUAAGGACGCGAUCUCGGUUGGAGCUAAGGUGAAGGGAUUUUUCGUAUGGUCGUUGUUGGACAACUUUGAAUGGAGCACGGGAUACACCGUACGAUUUGGGCUGGUUUACGUGGAUUUCGACGAUGGAUGUAAGAGACGCCUGAAAAAAUCGGCAAAGUGGUUCAAGAAUUUCUUGAAAUCAAAAUAAGCAAUUGAUGGCAACUGUACCUUUCGUUUGGAAAUGAUAAGGAACAUCCUAGUUUAAAUAUUUUAUAAUAAGGAUUCUUAAGAAUCUCUGAUAUUCAUCUUUUGUCUUCCGCUUUUGAGUCUGUUGCUUUUCGUUUUUACCAUCGUGAAUCCUUAAGUUUUGAGGAUGGGCUUGCAAAAUAGGCUCUUAGGGGCCUUGUAAUGUACUUGGGCUAACAACCCACUUAGGUAAUGAA